CCGAAAUUUGAGCGAGGGAAAAUAAAAGCGAAGAUAAAAGAGAAGAAAGGAGACCACAAUUAGAAAAAUAUCGCCGCCCUCCACCCCAUUCUCGGCAUCGAAAAGUUUGUCCGAUCACCGGGUAAAUGCUUCCGGUGGACGGAACCGAAGUGUUUGCCGACGUAUCAAACGUCCUUCUUCCUCUCACCUUUCGUCGAUUGCUCAAUUCUUGUGAAUGAUGGAUUCUCUCAAGGAACCAGAGAUGGUGGAAAUCCCCGACAGCAGAAGGACAAGUUCCUGUUUCCGUCUGUGUCUGCUAUUAGUUCUGCUUUUGCUUUUCCCCUUCUUCGCUUUCCUCCUCCUGUCGAUAUCCAUGGUCUUCAUAGCCGUGCUCUCGGGGCAAUCAUCUAUCACGACGCCCGUGUCUGUUGCCUCUCGGUGCCGGAUAGUCUCCAGUGGUAAGUUCUUCUUUGCGCCCCCCAUCUCUGUUUCGAAUUUGAUUUCGCUUUCUUCAAUGGUUUCCGGCUGUUGAGAAGUAUAGGAAGUAGAAUGGAAUUAAAGUGAUUGAAUUGCUGAGUUUGAUUCGUUACAGAAUGAAUCCGAAAAGUUACAAUUAUGUUAACUGGUGUUGAAUGGUGCAAAAUGGCGGGGGAGAGUCUUGCUUCAAAUUCAAACCUAGGGUUGGAAAGAGUCCCUCUGAGGGUUUCACGCACAGUGUCCAUGGACGAAGCUCUGCCAUUAAGUUUAUUCAUUUGGAACUGCUACUGUAACGUAACUAAUUAAGCUGUGGGAUUGUAGUUCUUAUUUGGUUUAUCUUCACUUGCUUCUGAUCGUACUUAGAGUUCAUGUUUGUUCAGCUGAUGCUUGGUAUGGGAGAUCGACAGUUUGCAUUUCUCUUGUUAUCUGAUGAUAAAUACAUGGUUUGCUUUUAGGAUUCCCAAAAAUCCCCUCAUUUUGGUUUAGAGCUUAGGAUAAGUUCAGUACAUGGAUGUUGUGAAGCACGCAGGCACUUUUGCUAUCAAUAAGGUUUUGCUUGUGUUAGAGGAGGAAAAUGAUUUUGUUUUGGCCUUUUCAGGUGUUGAUCUCAGAUCAUCUAAAGUUUGCGAACUUGGUUUGCUGAGGUACAAAACAAAGAAUGCCUUUCAUCCUUUUGACAGAAACAAAUUUCGAUGCCGCUAUGAUUAUUACUGGGCUUCUGUGUUUGAGGUGAUAUUUAUGUUCUUGUGACUUUCAUUUCUCUUCUAUCGUUUCAGUGUGUUAUUCUUUCCAACUUUGGCGCCUCAUUGUUUGAAAUAUAGUACACUCAUCACUCAUUCAGGAAUCCAUAAGUAAAGUCCCAUCAGAUCAUCCGUUGAUUGUCCAUCUAAAUUAUCCCUGUCCUAGCAUUUGAUUGUCAGUGUGAGGGAAAGGAGCCAUGACAAUGUUAUUAUAGUUUCUUAGAGUAAAUUUGCUAGUGUCAUUGUGAACUACUGCUGACCUGGGGCCUCCUGUUACUGGGUUCCUGCUCUUAGACUGUGUUAAAUUAGGGUUCUCCAACAGAACCUUAGCCGUUUCUUUUGCCUGUGUGAUACAAGCAUCUGACUAGAGCAUGGUCGAACCAUGGUUGUGUUUACAUUUUGUAUCUUCAACCUCAAAAGUUGGGGCAUUAGGAGGAUCAUUUUCGCUUUACCAUUGCAGGUGGAAUAUGAAGAUCAUUCCUUGGGACGGACACAGCAUGCUUUAGCUGAGGCUCCAAGUGAGGCGCUUCCUCUGAAUUGUAGGCCCAGUUUUGCUGCUGCAUGGAUGGCCAAAGAUAAAUUUAAGGUUUAGAUCCGUGUCCUCUUAAUCCACUGUGUAGGGAGAAAGGAUAAAUCCAUCUGUGAUUGUUUGAAAUUUCAAUCUACCCUGAGUCGUGAUGCAGAGAAGUUUAAGGGGAUUCUGUUAACUUUUCAAUUUGCAGGUGAAUGAAACUUACAAUUGCUGGCACAGGGCUGGGAUCUCUAAAGUGAGCUUAUACGUCGAUGACUUUCACCACUGUAAUUCAAAAGAUCCUUCUCUUCUCGAGAUUAUAAAUCAAUAUAUCAGAUUGUGAGUAUACGGGCUACUUAUACUCCUCCUCUCUUUUAGUACAGGCUUGUUCAUUUCUUUUUCCGCGAGUUUUUUCCUCGUACUUUGCCUGCCCACUCUGUCUUUUGAAGCACUAAAGUUGUUUCUCUUUGGUGUGACUUGUGAGAAGCGCCUAACAUAUGAUUAUUUAGGCAUCUGAAGAAUGUAAUUAAAAAUUAGCCAUGUUGAUUAUUGGAAGAGUUAUAUAUGUUAUAUAUUUUUGAGGCAGUAAUGUUACUUGAGGGAAAAUACCCAGUCAGCAUUAUAUUUGGGUUUGAUGUUAAGCAGAGACAAGUUGUUGAAUGGUCGACAAACUUGGAUUGAGCGACCACCGAAUAGGAUAAGAAGUUGCUACUUUAAAAUAACAGCCUUUACAAAUUAUGUAGGUUGUAGCUCUUUGAACAAGUGAACUAUUGCAGCUUGGCUGUUUGCAAAUUGCAAGGUACUUAACAGUGUAGGUCAUCCAUUAAUUCUGUUGCAUGAAAGAUUGUUUUAAUUUGUCAUUAUGUAUCAUUGAAGCAUGGAAUGUCACUUAAACAGGUUGUGUAGCUAAGUGGACUAGGGGGAGUAAAUUUUAUAGGGACAGCAUAGUAUGUAGAAUGACAGGCGUUUAGAGAAAAAAGGUUCUACAGUUGGUUCUGGUGCAGCUAGUUAUGCAUUAUUGUUUUUGGGUGUUUUCUUAGGCUAAAUGGAAAGGCUGAUGUGUAAACAGAUCACAGUGAAGGGUAAAUUUAUUCCUCGGACCUGAGGUUGUAGAGUCUCAAGGCCUGGUAAAUUCAUGGAGAGUUUGAACAACCUGAGUUGGGAAAUCGCCAAGUCAUGGGAAUCUUUGGGGACUCUAUAAUUUGGUUGGCUUCAUACGAAUUAACUGUUUUUCCUGACAGAUGUCAGUCUAUAUGCCUGCUAUUGCAGAUGUUCACUUUAUACAUGUCGGACGUAAUGUCUAUCUGGAACUUACACGGUUCAACUGUAUGAUUGUCCCCCUCAGAACCAAAAUUAAUGUAGAUUUCCAAUUAAUGAUACCAAAUGGUGCUUUCCCAUGUUUCUGUGGUCAGGUUGAUGGACGCUCCGAGCUCCUUGUUCAUUCAGAAGACGGGAAAUGCCACCAGAUUCUGGAAAUGGGAAGCUGUUGCUGGAGCUGUCACCGGUUUCUUGACUUCCUUAAUCACCCUCUUCUUCUUCUCAGUGGUGCAGAUGGUGAUUCCCCCAGUCCCUCAGACAUGGGCAUACAUAGUAAGGGUUCUUACUCGGGCUAUCAACCUGGUAAUCUUGAAGCGUGCUUGUUUUUUCGUGGCAUACUUCUCCUUCAUGGGCUGGUUGACUAUCCAGUACGGGAAACGGCUUGGCAUGCCAGAGAUUCGAGUUGGCUAUAUUUAAUCUAGGAAGAACUUGUGAGCCAGGUUAGUGAAAUGUAUCAUCAAUUUCAUUGUAGUUAGAAGAGAAACGAUGGAACCAACCGUGGUUCCUGUUUUGUAUCAGGUAAGAACUUCUAUAGCAUAGGGAAACUGUACAAUUGAAACAAACCUCAACAGUGUAA